AUGAAGUUUGGAAAAGAAUUUGUGUCACAAAUGGUGCAAGAAUGGCAAGAAGCAUAUAUGGAUUACUACUCUCUCAAAUCCAUUCUAAAAGAAAUUUCAAAGUACAAGGCACAAAAUCUAUCAUCGGCGCGAAGGGCAUCAACAUCAACAUCGAAAGGAUCAUUGAGGAGAAGGUUAACUCUCUAUAGAGCUUAUAGUGGUCUUAAUGAUAAUCAUAGAGAGUCUUCAAAGAAAAGUGAGGAUGAAGUUAUACUUAUUCAGUCAGUAGAAGGUGAAGAUUCAAAAGGGUUUUACCAAACCAUGUUCUUAAGAGCUUCUGAUGAUGGAGCAGAAAAAGAUCUUGAGUUUUUCAAGAAACUUGAUUUUGAGUUUAAUAAGGUUAAUGCAUUUUAUAAGAAGAUGGUUAAGAAAGUGGUUGAUGAAGCUGAGGAGUUAAGUAAGCAAAUUAAUUAUCUUAUUGCUCUUAGAAUAAAGGUGGAAAAGAUUGGGUUUACAGAUCUUGAUAGCAAUGAAACCUCUUCAACUCCCUUUAUGCAUGAUGCCAAACAUGGUGACUCAAGUCUGGAUGUGAUUCAGGAGGUUGAAAUGAGCAAUGGCAAUCUUUUUCAAGAAGAUAGAAAACAUGUAGCACAAACCAAUUCUAAGACUUCCUUAGAGGGCUUUAGACCAGCUCCUCUAGAGGUUCUUGAUCAUGUGAAGAUCAAUGUGAGCCCACCAGAAACUCCUUUAGCAACCAUAAAAGGUCUUUUAACAAAUUCAAAAUCGGAUGAUACAUUUAACAAGAAAGAGCUUAAGCAAGCAGAAGAGCAACUUAGCGCAGCCUUCAAGCAAUUACAUCAUAAGCUUAGACUUCUAAAACAAUACAGCUUCUUAAAUUUGUUAGCAUUCUCAAAAAUCAUGAAGAAGUAUGAUAAGGUCAGUUCAAGGAAUGCAUCAAAAGCUUAUCGAAAGAUGGUGGACAGUUCUUAUGUUGGCAGCUCAGAUGAGGUUACUAGGCUCAUGGAUAGAGUGGAACAUGCCUUCAUUAAACACUUUGCAAAUGGGAAUCAUAGAAAAGGAAUGAACACAUUGAGACCGACAACGAAGAAGGAGCGGCAUAGAACUACAUUCUUGUUAGGAGUAUUUACUGGCUGCGCAAUUGCUCUCAUUGCAGCACUAAUUAUACUCAUACAUGCAAGAAAUAUUCUAAAUAGUGAAGGUAGAACGAGAUAUAUGGAUAACAUAUUUCCACUUUAUAGUCUCUUCGCAUACAUUGUGUUCCAUAUGAUCAUGUACGCUGUCAACACAUACUUAUGGAGGCAUUUUAGAAUCAACUAUCCAUUUAUAUUUGGAUUCAAAGAAGGAACUGAGUUAGCUUAUAGAGAAGUAUUUCUUCUUAGCUCCGGCCUUGCCGUACUUUCUUUGGUUGCUGUUCUUUCAAACUUAGAUAUGGAGAUGGAUCAAAGAACCAAAAGUUUCUCAGCACUUACAGAAUCAGUGCCUUUAGGCCUAAUCAUAUUUCUGCUUGCCUUAACAUUUUGUCCCUUCAAUAUCGUAUAUAAAUCCAGUCGCUUCUGCCUUAUUCGUGCUGCAUUUCACACCAUUUGUGCUCCUCUCUAUAAGGUCCAUUUUCUAGAUAGUUUUUUGGCAGAUCAGCUUACCACCCAGGUGCAAUCAUUUAGAUGUUUGGAAUUCUAUGUUUGCUACUACUUUUGGGGAGAUUUCUUGACCAGAUCAAAUAAGUGCAAUGAUAGUGGAAUCUAUAGAACAUUUUAUUUAAUUGUAGGUAUUGUUCCAUACUGGAUCCGAUUACUUCAGUGUGUUCGCCGAUUACUCGAAGACAAAAAUACAACGCAUGGACUCAAUGGACUAAAAUACAUCUCAACAAUAACUGCAGUUAUUCUGAGAACUUCUAGUGAGUCUCGCAAGGGAACUGUUUGGAAAGUUCUGGCUGUAAGUUCUUCAAGCAUUGCAACAGUUUAUAAUACUUAUUGGGAUUUUGUCAUGGAUUGGGGUUUGCUAGUAAGAGACUCAAGAAAUCCAUGGUUGAGAGAUAAACUCCUCGUACCAUACAAAAGUGUAUAUUUUGUUUCUAUGGCAGUGAAUGUUAUCCUGAGGUUUGCAUGGAUGCAAUCUGUUUUAGGCAUUAAGGAUGCUCCUCUCCUCCAUAAAACAGCUUUGACUGCUAUUGUAACUUGUUUGGAGAUCCUUCGCCGUGGCAUUUGGAAUUUUUUCAGGUUGGAGAAUGAGCAUUUGAGCAAUGUUGGAAAGUAUAAAGCAUUCAACUCAAUAGUUCUUCCUUUCAACUAUCAAGAUGAUGAUGAUGAUGAUUGA